AUAACACUAAUGCCUCUAAUGGCAAACUCGAUUCAAAAGAUCAAUUCAGUGAACAAAUAUAGAACAAUAGCAGUGACAGCCACACCCUUCAUCAUCAUCGGCGGUAUUUGCAUCGGUUUUGGAUGGCGAUAUGCAAGUCGUGUAUGGAAUCGGAAACCGAAGCCGAAUAUCUCGAGGUCGAUGUCGUUCGCAGCCCUCCAUGGAGGUCAAUUGGCAUUCGAGAGACUGGUUGAUUAUCACAAUCAUGGGGGCAAGCCAACGAACGUAGAGGCUGAUAUUCAACAGCUGAAGGAUUUACUUGGAGAUGAACACCCUCGCUUCAAAGAACUUCAGCGAGUUCUUGGGAGGCUGGAAAUGAGCAGAAAAGAAGAUGAAGCAAUGGAAGAGCUUAAAAAAGCAUUGGAAAAGGCUCGGAAGGAAGUCAAAUCACAUGAAGCUUAUGAGAUUGAAAUGUUGCUAGCGGAAAUGUACAUCUACAAGGGAGACCUUCAAAAGGCUUUGGACUGCAAAUGCUUAAGAGAAGAUGAGGGGGCUUCUGAUGCACGGCGUCCUCUGUAUAAGGCUAUUAUUUCCUUGAUGAACCAGAAAGAGCAAGAAGCCCGAACCAACUGGAAAGACUUUAAGGAGAUUCAACACAUGACAGUACCACCAAGUUUCUAUGAAGAAGAGUUCACUGAAUUUAAGAAUGCAGUGAAUCUGCUCAAACAAGAUGUUGGUGCAGCAACUCAAGGCAAAAGAAAAUAAUUGU